AGAUAUCACGAUCGCGAUCUGUCUUUUGCGGGCUCAACUUCAGCAACACAAACCCUCCACACAACGCACCCAUCCAAACCACCACAGCCCACAGACAACAACUCCAAGUCAUCAUCCACAAUGAUUUACAACGAGCAAUACACAAAGAUGCGGGAGCGCGCAGGGCUCGAAGGGCGCGUCCCGGAGUUCAAGGCGGAAAGCCGCUGCCUGGACGGGCUCGAGAGCAACCCUAAGACCUGGGCGGCUGCGCAGAGAGGAGAACCUAUUGACAAGAUAAACUGGUUCACACUGUGGGCCAGGCGAGGAAGUCGAAGGCGUUGAUCCCGAGCCCAAAGGCAUAACACCACGGCACAGAAGCUCGAGAAUGCGCAUCCACAGGGGCACUUGGGCAACAAGGUCAAACCUCCUGAACAAGUUAAGCCUGCCGUUCCCAGGCAACUCCCUAGAAAUUCCGUCCUGGGCAAGAAGUCCGAGUCCAAUUCUGGGCGCCACGAACAAGUCAAAGACGACGGCACCAAAGUCACCAGCAACAGACAGCAAAUUUGGGGUUUCAUCAAAGCAGGAAGGGCGGUCUCGCCGCAGAGACCACAAAAUCUACGUCUCUCUCUACGUUGCCACGAGAGGACGGGCUUCGACGCACUGCACAGGUUAUAUCGCUGGCAACGGAGGGGUCUGUGACAUCACUCAAACCACGGGACCUAUGGGUAUUCAGGGUCCUGCUACUGGUGUCCCUGUUCUUGGACCCCCUGGUAACUUCUUCGGUGCUGACAUCGCUAGUGCAGUUGGUGUUGGUUCCACCUCAGCGGAGGACUUGUUCAACUCAGCCGCCUCCAGCAGCUUCAUCAAAGUCGAAGACCAGGAACAGCAAAAACGGUGCAAUCUGGAGACUCGCGAGGCUCUCACUCUCUCUCUUCUCCCGCUGUCACUCCUGUUCGGAUAGAGCACAAUACUCACUUCGGGAGCGCACUUGCGCCAGAUACGUAAAUAUAAAAGUAAUUCCAUGGAUCAUUUGAAG